AAUCCAAUAACCCAAUAAAUUAAUUAUAAAUUCUAUAGCCUAAACCACUAAAAGUUUAUCAUAAAUUCCUCAAAAAUUCUCAAGAUCAUCUUCUUCAAGCUAAAAAGUUGAUGGGGUAUCAUGAAACUUACAGUCUCAAUGCCUGGAAAUGGCUAGGCUUCGUUUCUGCUGUAUGGGUUCAAGCUAUUUCAGGCAAUAACUAUACAUUUUCCAACUAUUCCGAUGCCAUCAAGACCCUUAUGAACCUUACCCAGCUCGAGCUUAACAAUUUAUCGGUAGCUAAAGAUAUCGGUAAAGCUUUUGGUCUCCUCGCCGGUCUUGCCUCUGACCGUUUACCCACCCCAGUUAUUCUCCUUAUCGGUGCUAUUGAAGGGUUGAUCGGUUAUGGUGUUCAAUGGUUAGUCGUCAGUCAGAAAAUUCAACCAUUGCCUUACUGGCAGAUGUGUAUAUUUCUUUGCAUGGGAGGUAACAGCACGACAUGGAUGAACACAGCGGUGUUAGUGACAUGCAUCCGUAACUUCCGUCGUAACCGUGGACCGGUUUCCGGUAUAUUAAAAGGUUACGUGGGUCUUAGCACCGCCAUUUUUACAGACAUUUGCUCCGCUUUAUUCUCAGAUAACCCCGCCAAGUUCCUAAUCAUGUUAUCCGUUAUCCCUUUUGCCGUUUGCCUCACCGCCGUCUUUUUCCUCCGUGAAACCCCUCAGUCCGUCUCCGUCGCUGCGGAAAAAGAAGAAGCUCGCUAUUUCGCUAUAUUCAACAUCGUCGCCGUCGUGGUUGCCUUUUAUCUAUUAGCCUAUGACUUUAUCGGUUCGACCAAUCAAGUCUUUUCACUCGUUUUCGUUAUUAUACUUCUCGUUUUACUCGCUAGUCCGUCGGCGGUGCCGGUUUAUUCUUUUUGCAAGAGCUGGCGCUUGGCCAGGUUCGCACCCGACGUGGAGCGACGGGAACCGCUGCUGGAACAAGAAGCUAAUGCGGCGGCGGAGAGAAAUGAGGUUAUUAACGAUGAAACGCCGGUUGCGGUGGAGGAAGCGGUGGUGGUGGAAAAGAGUAGGCCGGUGCUAGGAGAGGACCACACAAUUUUUGAGGCGAUGGGGACAUGGGACUUUUGGCUUUUGUUUGUGUCGUUUUUGUGUGGGGUGGGUACCGGUUUGGCAGUGAUGAAUAACAUGGCACAGAUCGGUCUGGCCCUUGGCCACGCCGACGUUUCGAUUUUUGUGUCGCUCAUCAGUAUCUGGGGUUUCUUCGGUCGGAUCACCUCGGGUUCGGUUUCGGAAUAUUUUCUCAAGAAAGCUGGAACACCUAGGCCUCUUUGGAAUGCAGCAUCUCAGAUCCUCAUGGCGGUCGGGUUCCUUGUUAUGGCAUUAGCAAUGCCCGGUUGCCUUUACAUCGGCUCGAUCAUUAUCGGCGCCUGUUACGGAGUCCGUCUAGCGGUUUCAGUCCCCGUCGCCUCGGAACUAUUCGGUCUCAAAUAUUAUGGUUUACUCUACAAUGUCUUAAUCCUCAACCUUCCCAUCGGUUCUUUCCUCUUUUCCGGCUUGCUCGCGGGCUACCUAUACGAUGCCCAGGCCACCCCAACACCAGGUGGUGGGAAUACUUGUGUAGGAAGUCAUUGUUACAGGCUUGUGUUCAUCAUAAUGGCUUUAGCCUCAAUUCUCGGAUUCGGUUUGGAUGUUUUAUUAACAAUAAGAUCCAAGUACAUCUAUACCAAGAUAUUCACCCGCCGGAAAUCAAAGAAACCGUCGACGACGACGGAGUCCAAUGGCCAAUAAAUACCGUUGGAAUGUAGGAUUGCCGAGCUUUUUACCUUAUCAGCAAUAGCCUCAGUUAUAGGAUCUUGUUUUGGAUGUGUUGUUGGUAAUUUAGAACCAAGGUGUUCACCGUCGGGAACCGAAGAAACCCUCGACGGCAUAUAACCGCCAUUGCGGUUCGUCAUUUUAUACCGCCGUUGGCGGUUCGAGGACCAUCGGAUUAAGUAUUUUUUUCAGGGAAAAUGUUUUCAGGCAUCUCAUUUGUUGUUGGCAUAUGUAUUCCUCAGCUCAGUUUGAAGUUAAAUGUAAAAUCUUAUGCAUUUACAUUAAA